CUUAUACGGGUACCGCUGAUGCUGCGGGAGGACCCUGCCAACUACGUGGACGCCCCCACCGAGGGCAUCCGCCGCAUCCUGGAGCAGGAGGGGGGUGUGCUGCUGCCGAGGGACCGGCCUCUGGACACCAGUCGCAUCGCCAGCAUCCGCAUGGGCACCACCGUGGCCACCAACGCGCUGCUGGAGCGGCAGGGGGAGCGGGUGGCGCUGCUGGUGACCCGCGGCUUCCGGGACCUGCUGCACGUGGGCACCCAGGCCCGGGAGGACCUCUUCGACCUGGCCGUGCCCAUGCCCGAGAUGCUGUACGAAGAGGUGCUGGAGGUGGAUGAACGAGUAGUGCUGUAUCGUGGGGAGCCGGGCUCCGGGACGCCUGUCAAAGGCUGCACGGGGGACCUGCUGGAGGUGCAGCGGCCCGUGGACCUGGGGGCCCUGCGGGGGAAGCUGGAGGGGCUCCUGGACCGUGGCAUCCGCAGCCUGGCGGUGGUCCUCAUGCACUCCUACACGUGGGCCCAGCAUGAGCAGCAGGUGGGUGCACUGGCCCGGGAGAUGGGCUUCACGCACGUGGCGCUGUCCUCGGAGGCCAUGCCCAUGGUGCGCAUCGUGCCGCGGGGGCACACGGCCUGUGCCGACGCCUACCUCACCCCCGCCAUCCAGCGCUACGUGCAGGGCUUCUGCCGGGGCUUCCAGGGCCAGCUCAAGGACGUGCAGGUGCUGUUCAUGCGCUCCGAUGGCGGCCUGGCGCCCAUGGACGCCUUCAGUGGUUCCCGCGCCGUGUUGUCGGGCCCCGCUGGGGGCGUGGUUGGCUACUCUGCCACGACCUACCAGGCCGAGGGUGGCCAGCCUGUCAUUGGUUUUGACAUGGGAGGCACAUCCACGGACGUGAGCCGCUACGCGGGGGAGUUCGAGCACGUCUUUGAGGCCAGCACGGCCGGCGUCACCCUCCAGGCCCCCCAGUUGGACAUCAACACGGUCGCAGCUGGCGGGGGCUCCCGCCUCUUCUUCAGGUCCGGCCUGUUUGUGGUGGGGCCGGAGUCUGCAGGAGCCCACCCUGGCCCCGCCUGCUACCGUAAAGGGGGCCCCGUGACCGUGACGGACGCUAAUCUGGUUCUGGGCCGCCUGCUGCCUGCCUCCUUUCCCUGCAUCUUUGGGCCGGGAGAGGACCAGCCUCUGUCUCCGGAGGCCUCCCGAAAGGCCCUGGAGGCUGUGGCCGCCGACAUCAACAGCUUCCUGACCAACGGGCCUUGCCCCGCUUCCCCACUGAGCCUAGAGGAGGUGGCCAUGGGGUUCGUGCGUGUGGCCAACGAGGCCAUGUGCCGGCCCAUCCGUGCCCUCACCCAGGCACGAGGUCACGACCCCUCGGCACACGUGCUGGCCUGCUUCGGAGGAGCUGGCGGGCAGCAUGCCUGUGCCAUCGCCCGGGCCCUGGGCAUGGACACUGUGUACAUUCACAGGCACAGCGGGCUGCUGUCGGCGCUGGGGCUAGCGCUGGCCGACGUGGUGCACGAGGCCCAGGAGCCCUGCUCCCUGCCCUACGUGCCUGAGACCUUCCUGCAGCUGGACCAGAGGCUGAGCCGGUUGGAGGAGCAGUGUGUGGACGCCCUGCGGGCCCAGGGCUUCCCCAGGUCCCAGAUCCGCACCGAGGGCUUCCUGCACCUGCGCUACCAGGGCACGGACUGCGCCCUGAUGGUGUCCGCCCACCAGCACCCGGCCACUGCCCGCUCUCCCCGCGCCGGCGACUUCGGGGCAGCGUUCGUGGAGAGGUACAUGAGGGAGUUUGGCUUCGUCAUCCCUGAGCGGUCGGUGGUGGUGGACGAUGUGCGGGUGAGGGGCACUGGCUGCAGCGGCCUUCGCCUGGAGGAUGUCGCCAAAGCCCAGAUGGGGCCCCCUCGGGUAGACAAGAUGACCCAGUGCUACUUUGAGGGGGGCUACCAGGAGACCCCCGUGUUCCUGCUGGGAGAGCUGGGCUACGGGCACAAGCUCCAGGGACCCUGCCUGAUCAUCGACAGCAACAGCACCAUCCUGGUGGAACCGGGCUGCCAGGCAGAGGUGACGGAGACGGGGGACAUCCGCAUCUCGGUGGGGGCCGAGACCUCCGGCACGGUGGGCGCCCAGCUCGACCCCAUCCACCUGUCCAUCUUCUCACACCGCUUCAUGAGCAUCGCGGAGCAGAUGGGCCGCAUCCUGCAGCGCACGGCCAUCUCCACCAACAUCAAGGAGCGCCUGGACUUCUCCUGCGCCCUCUUCGGGCCUGACGGGGGGCUGGUCUCCAACGCCCCCCACAUCCCUGUGCACCUGGGCGCCAUGCAGGAGACCGUGCAGUUCCAGAUCCAGCACUUGGGGGCUGACCUGCACCCUGGCGACGUGAUGCUGAGCAACCAUCCCAGUGCCGGGGGCAGCCACCUGCCAGACCUGACGGUCAUCACACCGGUGUUCUGGCCGGGUCAGACUCGACCUGUGUUCUACGUGGCCAGCCGCGGGCACCACGCCGACAUUGGGGGCAUCACCCCAGGCUCCAUGCCCCCGCACUCCACUGCCCUGCAGCAGGAGGGCGCUGUCUUUCUGUCCUUUAAACUUGUCCAGGGAGGCGUGUUCCAGGAGGAGG